GUCAGCGGCAUCAAGGCGCUGUACGAGUCGGAGCUGGCCGACGCCCGGAGAGUUCUGGAUGAGACGGCCCGGGAGCGCGCCCGGCUGCAGAUCGAAAUGGGGAAACUGAGGGCCGAGCUGGACGAGGUCAACAAGAGUGCCAAGAAGCGCGAGGGUGAGCUCACGGUGGCCCAGAGUCGCGUGAAGGACCUGGAGUCGCUGUUCCACCGGAGCGAGGCGGAGCUGGCGGCUGCCCUCAGUGACAAGCGCGGCCUGGAGAGUGAGGCCUCGGAGCUGCGGGCCCAGCUGGCCAAGGCCGAGGACGGGCACGUGGUGGCCAAGCAGCAGCUGGAGAAGGAGACGCUGAUGCGGGUGGACCUGGAGAACCGCUGCCAGAGCCUCCAGGAGGAGCUAGACUUCCGCCGGAGCGUGUUCGAGGAGGAGGUGCGGGAGACGCGGCGGCGGCACGAGCGGCGCCUGGUGGAGGUGGACAGCAGCCGGCAGCAGGAGCACGACGCCAAGAUGGCGCAGGCGCUGGCGGAGCUGCGUGACCAGCACGCCGAGCAAGUGCGGCUGUACCGGCAGGAGCUGGAGCAGACCUACCAGGACCAGUCUCUGGGGAACUGGAGGAUCAAGCGGCAGAUCCUGGAGGGGACCGAGCUCGCCUACAAGUUCACGCCCAAGUACGUCCUGCGGGCCGGCCAGACGGUCACGGUGUGGGCGGCAGGCGCAGGGGUGGCCCACAGCCCGCCCGCGACGCUCGUGUGGAAGAGCCAGAGCAGCUGGGGCACGGGUGAGAGUUUCCGCACCGUCCUGGUCAACGCCGACGGCGAGGAAGUGGCCGUGCGCACCGUGAAGCAGUCCUCAGGGGCACGGGAGAUCGAGGACGGGGAGGAGGACGAGGAGGAGGCCGAGUUCCAGGAGGAGAAUGUUUUCCUCCAGCAGGGAGACCCCAGGACCACCUCGAGAGGCUGCCGUGUGAUGUGAACGCUCGCCCACUGAAGACUGUUUAUAUCGUUGGCUUUCCUUA